AUGGAAGAACAGCGCAUCGCUGAACCGGAGCAGACCCCUACUGUUCUCUACGCAUCUCGCCCCAACAGUUCCAACAGUUGGCCGAACAGUGGCAACAGUUGGCCGAACAGUUCCAACAGUUGGCCCAACACUCCUAGCAAUUUUCGAGGUGGUGGUUCUUGGCGCAAUCAGCGAGGUGGUGGUCGCACGAAUCGUCGUGGCGGUCGUGGUCAGUCACGACAUCCGAUGCAACACUACGGUUACAAUCAAUUUCACCACCAAUCGCAACCUUGGCGGGCCACUUAUACGCCUCAGACACCUUCAUCGAUUCUUGGACCCCCCCCAAGCUCUCCUGGUCCUUAUCAUGCUCCUACAGCUCAUGCUUAUUUCGUUGGACAGCAAGAUCCCCAACAGCACGUGAACUGUUCCAACAGUUCGUCGAACAGUGGUCCCCUACAGCCAACAGAUCUUGCCACUCAUCUCAACACGUUGACCCUUCAAUCAUCGAGCGAACCUCAGUGGUUUAUGGACACGGGCGCCUCAUCUCACAUGGCACCUCACUCAGGACCUUCGGACCAGAGCAGUCAUCCUCAGGUGCAAUAGCUCCGGUGAUUUAUACCCUAUUGGCGCCCCUUCUCCCAGCCCAUCCGCAACCGCCCUCCUUGCUCACACCACGUCUGUCUCCUCUACUACAUGGCAUCGUCGUCUCGGUCACCCGGGAAACCCUGUCAUGUCUCGUCUUUUUUCUUCCAAUUUAAUUUCUAGUACCAAAGACCCACGGGAGUCUCUUUGUAAUGCUUGUCAAUUAGGCAAACAUU